CACCAUAUAAAAAUCGGCAAGCCGAACACCAAAAAUCAACGUCAACGCCUACCUCUUUGCUCUUCUUACCUCCAGGCCCCACCUGAACAAUACCUCUUAAAAAAUCAAUCAUGUCCACCACCAAAACCUGCACCCUAAGCAACGGCGUCAAGCUGCCCGCCGUCGGCUUCGGCACAUUCGCCAGCGAAGGCUCGCAGGGCGAGACGUACAAAGCCGUCACAUGUGCCCUGAAAGUCGGAUAUCGCUUGCUAGAUUGCGCGUGGUACUAUCAAAACGAGGGAGAAAUCGGCCAGGCUAUCAAAGACUUUUUAGCAGAACACAAGGAUGUGAAGCGCGAGGAUAUUUUCGUCGUCACCAAGGUUUGGAAUCAUCUUCAUCGGUAUGAGGAUGUGCUGUGGUCCCUCCAGAAUUCGCUGGAGAAGCUGCAGCUUGACUAUGUCGAUAUGUUCCUUGUGCAUUGGCCGAUCGCGGUCGAGAAGGAGACGCAGGAGAAGCCCAAGCUCGGCCCUGAUGGGAAGUACGUCGUUCUCAAGGACCUAACAGAUAACCCGGAACCAACCUGGCGCGCCAUGGAAAAGAUCUACAAAGAAGGCAAAGCGCGCUCAAUCGGCGUCUCAAACUGGACAAUCCCGCGCCUCAAGCAACUCCUCGACCUCGCUGAGAUAAAACCGCACGCAAACCAAAUCGAAAUCCACCCCUUCCUCCCAAACACGGAGCUGGUAAACUUCUGUUUCGAAAACAAGAUUUUGCCAAUGGCAUACUCGCCGCUAGGGUCGCAAAACCAGGUUCCAACGACGGGUGAAAAGGUCUCUGAGAAUCCGGUCCUGAAUGAGAUUGCGAAUAGGCGCGGGAAUACCCUUGCGCAGGUGCUUAUUGCGUGGGGUGUGCGCAGAGGAUAUGUUGUUUUGCCAAAGAGCUCGACGCCUGCAAGGAUUGAGUCGAAUUUUAAGCCUAUUGAGUUGUCCGACGAGGACUUUGAGGCGAUCAAUCGUGUUGCGGAGGGACGGCAUUUCCGCUUCGUUAAUAUGAAGGAUACCUUUGGGUAUGAUGUUUGGCCGGAGGAGGCUUAGUUUCUAGAUCAGGGAAUGAUAUCCCUCGUUCUAGUACAUCACGCGAUGGGCAACCUCAAUAUAUUCCAGACUCAGUCGAUCGUAAUUCAAAGAUUUGAUAACAUGAAGCUCGUCCGCAGUCAGUAAAAAUCCAGCAUUUCUGACCAAUUCCAGCGGGUCGUUAUUCCACCACUAGUUUUACAAUGACCGUUCGAGUACUAUGGCUCUUCGUUCUGU